AUGCCUGAUAAAACAAAAAUCAAAGCAGUCUUCUUCGACUUCAUGGGCACCUGCCUGGAUUGGCAUUCUAGCGUUGUCAAGUCCAUGUCCGCUUUCAUCCCCGCCGAUCAAGCUUCCGACCUUGCUCUGAACUGGCGGAGGCUGUACUUUCUUGAGAAUGAGAAUCGCUUUCAACAAAAUCUUCCGUCAGAAGAUAUCGAUUUGACCCUGGCUCGCGCCUUGGAGAUUGCUCUUUCACAAGACCCUAAUCAACCCCGCCUGGAGGCCAACGAGAAAAGACAAUUGAUAGAAGCCUGGCAUUUUCAACCAGCUUGGCCGGAAGUACCUAGGGCGCUGCGAGAUCUCCGAGAUAACCUCGGUCUGGAGGUAUUUGUGCACGCCAAUGGAACAACUCGUCUCCAACUGGACCUUGCCCGCUCGUCGGGAUUGGAGUUCCAUAUGCUAUUUUCAAGCAAGCUGCUUGGAUUAUACAAACCCAGUUUGGAUGCGUAUCGGAAAGCGUUAGAAUUGGUCCAACACUGCCCGGAAGAGGUGGUUAUGGUGGCAGCGCACGCUUAUGAUCUUCGGGCGGCAAAGAAGAUCGGCAUGAGAACCAUAUACAUUCAUCGGUGGACCGAUGAUAUCGACGAGGAUAUGAACCAGGUAAAGGUGGAGUUUGAUUUCUUCUUGGAAAACAUGGAAGAACUUCCCCCGACAAUUGCCAACAUGUAA